GCAUGAGGGUGGGACAAGCACUGUUAGAAUGGAUCCCCGUUAACAGUCGUCUAUGUGUUGUUCGGCUAAACGGUUCCGCAAGAACUCAAAAGGAUAGGGACACACGUCGUUGCCUUUUCGUCGUUUCUGCCUACGCUCCCACUGACCGCAACCUGGAUGAAAUGAAAGGCGACUUUUACAGAAAGCUUUCUGAACUUCUUCAAAAAGCUAAAUGCUCGAACAUAGUACUUCUAGCAGACGACUUUAAUGCUCAAGUAGGUAGGUUAAACCAAGCAGAAAGACAUUUAGGUGGGUAUUCUGGUAUUCCAGAUCAGAGAACAGAUAAUGUUGACCGUCUGCUGCAACUGUGUUCAGACGGUCGUUUAUUUCUAACAAGCACUGAUUUUAUGCAUAAGGAGACUUGAGUGAUGGUCCAUUCAUG